CCCUCCCAAAUCCCAAUAGAAGAGGAGGAGAGAAAAAAAACAAGGCGAAGCCCCAAAUCGAAUCCGCACCCAUGGCCGCCGCCGCUCUUCUCCGCCGCUCGCCGGCGGCGCGCGCCCUUCUCUCGCCCGCCCUCUCGUCUCGCCUUGUCGCGUCCAAGCCCCACUCCUCGGCCCCCGCGCCGCCGCCGAAGGCUGCCUCCAGCACCAAGACGUUCUCGAUCUACCGGUGGGACCCCGACUCGCCGUCGGCGAAGCCGCAUCUCAAGGACUACCAGGUGGACCUCUCCGACUGCGGGCCCAUGGUGCUGGACGCGCUGCUCAAGAUCAAGAACGAGCAGGACCCGUCGCUCACCUUCCGCCGGAGCUGCCGUGAGGGCAUCUGCGGCAGCUGCGCCAUGAACAUCGACGGCGACAACGGCCUCGCCUGCCUCACCAAGAUCUCCUCGGCGUCCUCGGCAUCCACGGUCUCGCCGCUGCCGCACAUGUUCGUCAUCAAGGACCUCGUCGUUGACAUGACCAACUUCUACAACCAGUACAAGAGCGUUGAGCCGUGGCUCAAGCGGAAGGACCCGCCGCCGCAGCCCGGGAAGGAGAUCCCGCAGACCAAGGCCGACCGCGCCAAGCUCGACGGCAUGUACGAGUGCAUCCUCUGCGCCUGCUGCUCCACCUCAUGCCCAUCCUACUGGUGGAACCCCGAGGAGUAUCUCGGCCCUGCCGCGCUACUCCACGCCAAUAGGCUUCCGCUGUGGGGGACGCUUAUCAAACCAAAACCCAAUAUGUUCAUGCACAUUCAAGCUCGAGGAUAUCAUGGGGUGUCAGAGAAGAGAAACUUGCGGGACCACAAACGUAGAUUGCUUGCAGCAAAAUAUGAGCUGAGAGGAAAGCUUUAUAAGGCCGUCUGUAGGGACCCUGAUCUUCCAUCAGAUAUGCGGGAAAAGUUUCGCUAUAAGUUGUCCAAGUUACCAAGAAAUAGUUCCAUGACACGUCUUAGAAACCGCUGCAUUUUCACAGGCCGUUCUCGCGCUGUCUACAAGAAAUUCCGCAUGUCCCGUAUUGUGUUCCGCUCAUUGGCAAAUAAGGGUGAAGUGUUGGGCGUAAAGAAAGCAUCUUGGUAGAUGUCUAACAGACUAGUAAAACAAAGCACUAGAUCUGCAGUAGUCCAGCAAAAUAAGGUUGCUUGCAUGCAAUCUUUCAGUUCCCUGAAACUAUCUUUUAAGUUUCUGACCAGCAGCCAAUGUGUUCUGUUUUUUAUUAUUUAGUUGAAUCAGUGUGUUGUACUGUUCUCUGGCCAUUCAGCAUUAUGAAGUUAAAGUUUUUGGAACA